AGAUCUGCGAGGGUUUCGCUUUCGUUCGUUUUGUCCCCAGCUAAUUAAAAAAAAAAAAAAAAAACGAGAGAGAGCCGAAGGAAGCUACUCCAGUUCCCUAUCCUUUCCUGAUUCCUGCGUGCGAGAGCAGAGAAGAGAACGACGGGGUCUACGUGCAGUAUUUGCUAGAGAAAGCUGUAAAAUAAGUUGCGAGUUCUUUUUUUUUUUGGUUCCCUUCCAGAGUCGAAAGAAACGGAAGAGGGGAGCUGCUGGGAAAAGUCAUCCAGCCAUCGCUACUUUUGGAUCACAAAAAAUCACACACCAAUUCUAUGCAUUGCGUAAGGAACACGGAACAAAAAUACGAUGAUUCAUGGCAAGCUCAUAAUGGGUCCAAUGAUGCUUGUAGCGCUUCUCCUGAUUACUAUGUUCGUCCUGCUGGCAGGAAGAAGUAAACGAAAAUCAAUCUCAAAGAAGACACUGCUUCUUCCUUCACCAGCUGGGCUUCCUUUUAUAGGUAAUCUGCACCAAAUCAGCUUGAUACCACAUCGAUCACUCUUCGAACUUUCAAAGAAGCAUGGACCCCUCAUGCUUCUACAACUAGGCAGCAUACCCACUCUUGUAGUCUCAUCACCAUCUACUGCUCGAGAGAUCAUGAGAACUCAUGAUCUCGUAUUUGCAAGCCGGCCUUCUCUUAAGGCAGCAAGGAUUUUGCUCUACAACAACAAUGAUAUGGCCUUAGCCCCUUACGGAGAGUAUUGGAGACAGACCAGGAAGAUCUGUGUUACCAACCUUCUCAGCUUAAAAAUGAUACAGUCCUUCAGUUUAGUGCGUUUGGAGGAAGUAUCUUUGAUGAUCGAAAGAAUUGCUCGCAUGGCUUCAGCUAACAAUGGUGUUGUGUGCGUGUCUGAGAUCCUGAAUACAUUGACAUGCGACGUUUUAUGUAAAUCUGUUUUGGGUUCAUCGAUGAGUGAAGAGAAAAGGAAGCUUCUUUGCGAACUUAUUCGUAUGAACCUUGUUUUCUUUGGUAAAUUGUUCGUAGAGGAUUACUUCCCCUGGUUAAGGUGGUUAGAUGUGCUCUUUGGAUUGGAAGGGGAACUUACAAGGCAUUCUGAGAAAUGGGAUGCUCUUCUUGGGGAGUUUAUUGAGGACCAUGUUUCCCAAUUGGCGGAAGGAGAGACCGCGAGUAGUACUGAUUUCAUUGAUGUGUUGCUUCAGUUGCAGAAAGAUUCAAGCAUGCCAUUCGUUCUCACAAAUGAGCAGAUUAAGGCACUUUUAUUGGAUAUGAUUGUUGCCGGAACCGACACAUCCCUUGCUCUUCUCGAUUGGUGCAUGGUUGAGCUCAUUCGAAAUCCAAUAGUAAUGGAAAAGGUGCAGAGUGAAGUGAGGGGAAUAGCUUAUGGAGAGGAAAAAGUAAGGGAGGAGUACUUGGGCAAAUUGAGCUACAUGAAGGCUGUUAUAAAGGAAGUUCUUCGGUUGCAUCCACCAGUUCCAUUACUUCUCCCUCGAGAGUCAUUGCAAGAUUGUCAAAUACAAGAAUAUAACAUUCCUAAGAAAACUAGGGUCCUCAUCAAUGCAUGGGCCAUUGGAAGAGAUGAAGUUUAUUGGAAUGAACCAAAAGAAUUUAAGCCAGAGAGAUUCUUAGGUGACGAUGUGGACUACAAAGGUCAUGAUUUUCAUUACAUUCCAUUUGGUGCUGGUCGUAGAAUUUGUCCUGGAAUACAGUUUGCAAUUGCCAUUGUUGAGCUUGCUUUAGCAAAUCUUGUUUAUCGCUUCAAUUGGAAACUACCGAGUGGCAUUUCCUGUGAUGGUAUGGACAUGGAAGAUAGUGCCGGAAUAACUACUCCAAGAAAAGAAAAGCUUUAUUUGGUUCCGCUAGCUAUAUAAAUUACUUAUAUACUUUACUACUUGUUAUUUGUAAAAUUUUCCAUAUUUAAGCACCACAGCUUAAACAUCUAAUAUAAGCGGUAUUCACUUUAUGGGAAGGUUGGCCUAAAUAUGAUUUAUGGGAAGGCUAGCAUAUAAUUCAAGCACCGUCGACAAACAAAGAACAAAAUGUAUUUCUUGUUGUAUUUUGUAACUUCUGCUAUUUAAUGGCAACAAGUAGUGUGAUCUCUAGCAUUGUAUGCAAUUUUCUGUGAUAA